UCCUACUGCGUAUGCAAGAGUCUAAGACCUAAAAGUCCAAGAACACCACCAGGGUUUUCAUCAACUGCUAGCCAUGGUCGCCGGCAUAGAAGCUCUCCUUGACCCGACCGUGCUCUCCCUCUUCCUCUCGCUCCCAACGCCGGUGCCAAAGAAGGAGGACUACGUUGCCAUCUGCCUCGCAGCGCUCCCCGGCACCCAAGGAAGCGGCCUCAAGGCUGCACUCGGGCAGGAGGGGCACGAGAAGUGGAGCCAGCACCCUGCGCCCUCACCGGCGGAGGAGCUCCGGUUCCGGUGCACGGUCUGCGGGAAGGCGUUCGCGUCGUACCAGGCGCUCGGUGGCCACAAGUCCAGCCACCGCAAGCCUCCCACCGGGAAGCAGUACGCCGCUGCUCUCGGCGCUGCAGCCCAGGCGUCCGUGGGUGACUCCGAUGAGACGGCGCCGUCGGGAUCGGGAGGCAUUAGCGGUGGUCCGCACCGGUGCACCAUCUGCAGGAGGAGCUUCGCCACGGGCCAGGCGCUCGGCGGGCACAAGCGGUGCCACUACUGGGACGGUACGUCGGUGUCAGUCUCUGUGUCUGCGUCGAUGUCGGUGUCCGGGAUGGGAUCGUCGGCUGUCACCGUGAGGAAUUUUGACCUGAACCUGAUGCCAAUGCCGGAGAGCGCCGGGAUAAAGAGGUGGGCCGAGGAGGAGGAGUUGCAGAGUCCACUGCCAGCCAAAAAGCUCCGGUCGUCUGUUUAACUGAGCUCGUGUUGAUCGGUUCAUGUAAAAAAGGGAGCAACCCAAUGGAUGUUCGUUAAUUUGUUCGAUUAAUUGAUUCGUUUAUUUCCAGUAGUUAGUUGGUAUGUUUUGGCGGCGUCAAAUGUUUUGAUCAGGAGCUAGAUAUAUACACGCAUGUGCUGUGUAUCAUUUUUAUGUUUACUUCUUUUGAUGUUUCUCAAAAUGUUCAUUUAUUCAUGAAAUUGUGAGGAAAAAAAUCAUUCGUUUAUCAGAA